AUGCCAGGAAUAUUAGAAUCAACAAACAAUUUACUACUUAAUCCAACUUCGAGUUUAAUUACAACUUCACAAACAAGUGGAACAAAUCAUAGUAAUGAUGAAAUCAAGACAAAUGAUAAUACCAACUCACAAAUAGAACAAAUACCAUUACAACUACAACAACAACAACAACAAUAUGUUCCACCAACUUCAUCAUCUUCGAGUACAUCAACCAAAAACUCAGAAUCGACAAUCAACGACACAGCUUUAAAUACGACUUUAAAUACAACUUAUAAUGAUAACGAAAUAACUCCAAUUAAUGAUACCACUAAACCCAACUUAAUUACAACAUCAACUUCAAUUUUCACUUCAUUAAGUAGAAAACCUUCAGAUAAAUUAAAAUCUACUCAAAUUAAUAUUCAAAAUACUCCAAGAUCCAAGUUUCAACCUUUAAAUUCACCUUCAUCCAAUAUAAUCACUAAUAACGAUACAACAACAAUUUCAAAAUUAAAUACUACAUCUCAAGAAUCAAUCACAACCCCACAAACUUCUACAUCAUCAUCAUCAUCAAUAACACUAAAAGAAAUCCAAUUAGCUCAAAUAAAACAACAAUGUUCAAAUUUAAUAAAAGAAUUAGAUGGUGAUACACAACCAGAACUUAUUGUAAAAAAACAUAUAAUGGAAUUAAAAAAAUAUAAUGAUUUAAAAGAUGUUGCUUUUCAAUUAGUUGAAUUAAUAGCUGAUCAAAGAAUGGUUAAAACUGAUGAUAUUUUACAAGAAAUUAAUACUUUAAAAUAA